CUUUCUUUCUCUCACCUGCUUAUCAUAUUUGCUGUCUCUCUCGCAAUGUCUACAUCAUCUGCUAAGCAAUCGCUUUGCGACUACGAGCCCCUGCAACAAUGCCUGAAGGCCAACAAUGGCGACCGGGCAAAGUGCACCAAGGAGUGGGAUGCGUUCCAGCAGGCGUGCCAGAAGCGCAAGCAAGCCGAGCAGGCGGCAAGGGGUCAGAGCAUCCCUGCCAAGAGCGAGUGCGAGGCGUGCAAAGCUCCACCGGCAAACUGAGUCUGGCGACCAGUGUGCCGUUUGUCCGACGAACGCUGGCAGCUUUUUUGGGGGAGAGCGGGACUACUGGGACUACAGCCCACUUUUCUGACAAGUGCGCUGCUGGUGGUCAUGCACAAAAAGCAGCCCAGCCUUGGGGCGUGAAUCAGUUCAGCAGCAAUCGCAUGGUUUUUUUUUGCAGCCAAGGCGUGAUCACGCCAACAGCAGCGCUUAAAUAUCCUUUUCUCCAACGCGAGUUUUCGGCCUGCUCUUUCUUCUCUUCUACUCUCCUCUCUCCUCUGCUUUAAUGAAUCUUCCGUGAGACUCGCUCA